AUGAAGAAUGUAAAGAAUAAAGAUACUGAUUCUUCAAAUAUGAUUAUUAAAAGACAAUUAGUAAUGAUUGGAGAUGAAUUAUCAGAACAUGUGAAUACAUAUUCUCAAAAGCGUGAAUCUGUCUCGCAUUUGUAUAAAAAAUAUAAAAUAACGGAAGAUGAAUAUAGGAGCAGAAUGAUGACUCUUGAUAGAUACGACGAAACAAUUAAGAGUGCAUGGAAAGAAUUCCAAGAAAAUCAAUAUUAUCAAACCCAACAAUUAAAAUCUCUUUCUCAAAAAGCAGACCAAGCAAUAUCUAAAGCUUUAUCGAAAUUAUAUGAAUUAGACAAAGAAAAGCAGAAUUUAGACACACGUUACGAAGAAAUUCAAGAUGAACUUACAAAUUUUCGAAGCCAAUUUACAGAAACAAUAGCAUCAGUUAAUAAUUUGAGUUCUUCAAAAGAACAAUUAGAAGAUUUUAUCUCCGGUUCUGAACGAAUUGAACCAGAUGAGAAUUUACAAAGCAUAAAACAACAAAUAAACGAAUUUUCCAAGGGAAUAUCGUCAAUUACGAAGAAAACUGCAAAAUUGCAAAUGAAACAACAGUUUUAUUCAACAACUUCUUCAAAAAAUUCAACACAAAUAAACGAUUUAGAUCUUAGAAUACAAGAUUUAACUAGUCAAAUACACGAAUCAAUGAACUCAUCUAUACAAACUCGCAAUUCGUUUAGAAACUCUCAAACUGAACAAAAAACGAUUAAUUUUGACGAAUUGCAAUUAGAAAAAAACAAACUAGUUUCAUCAUUAGAAGAAGGUGUACAAAAAUACAGACAGUUUUCCAAUGAUUAUAAGCUACUAAAAAGUCAAAUUACAAAUUUAAAUAUUAAAUUGAACAAAACUCGAAAUGAUCUUAGCGAAACAGCAGAAGCAAUUAAAAGUCUUUCGAAAGCAGCUCAUGAAGCAUCAGAGAAAUUUAAAUCUUAUUACGCCGUAACUUUAGAAAAAGUUUGUCAAAUGAAAUUAGAAUUAUCGACCAUGCAAACAGAGAAGGCAAGUUGUAAAUCAGAUCUACAACGAGAAGAAGAAAAUUUGAAGAAAAAUAGAAAAUUAUUAUCUGAAAAUAUUGAAAAUUUUCCAAUUUAUCUUGAUAUCAUUGAUAAAUAUUAUCAUGAAAAACAGAUUGAACUCGAUUACAUCCAGAAAUAUGGUGAUUUGAAGGUUGCAAAGAAUUUCGAAGAUAUUAUUCAAAUCACGGAUCAAAUUUUCGAGCCAGAUACAAGUUACAAGAGAAUAGAAAACGAUUUAAAGCAUGAGUCAGAGCAGAUUAUUACUUUGCGAAGACAAGUUUUGAAAUUAACACAAGAAAACAGUUCUAUGCUCAAAGAAAUCGGAGUUUAUUCUACAGAUGAAAUGAAGAAGUUCGAAUUGGAGAGAAUGAAAGGAAAGAAUGAUGAAAUUGGCCGAAAUAUCGAAAUUGCAAAAAUAGAUAUUGCAAACCAUCAGAGUUCUAUAUCAAGAUUGUUUAUACAAAUGCAUAACAGAGCUAUGUCUACUUUGACUAAGCUGGCAAAUUAUGAAGCUUCGAAUAAAGAAAAUUUAUUCCAUCAAGGAGAUUUACAUCAAUGGAAUGAGAUGCUCGGAAUUAUUGAAACAAUUCCUUCAAUUCCAUCUGUUAUGAAAAAGAAAAAAUUGAAAAAUAAAAAUUAA